GGCAACUUCUACUUCUUGCUCCCAAUCCACUGUCCUAGCCCAAAGCGUGCUUCAUAUACGAAACCCCUUUUUGGUGGGGUGAAUAUACAGAGGCCCCUUUUCGUCACCUCUUCAUCAUGCACCUCCCACUUUCUCGUCCGCCGCCUCAUCACUUCUUUGGUUCUUCAUCAGAUUGGUACAAGCAUAAUGACUGGAUAACUUUCAGCGAAUUUGAACGGACGAAUAACAGGUUGGCAUACUAUCAGGCCCCCAUCAAUAUUGCAAACGUUCUUAGCCGCCGAGUCUAAACUGUACAUAAAAUACGACUCGGACUAUAUGUCCUUGCUCGAGACCGCCCGCCAAACCACCGUCAAGUCCAAUCAUUUCCGGCUACCAGACUACCCAGUCCCCGAUCGAAUCGAACUUGGGCGCCCCAAGUUUGCCGAGCUCGUUUUUCAUGUCUUUAUUAUUUGCCUUGGCGAGGGCGACAACAGAAUACCUUCCCCAAUAGCCUGGCCCAACAUUUUCCCAGCCUAUCCAACUCUCAAAUUGUAUCAAGAUGACAUCCGCACACUCGAGUACAAGUCGCAGUAUCUCUCAGAAGCAUCCAACCCCGGGAUCACCUCUUUAUUGGUCCUCCCAUUCCUUGAAAUGCUAAAGGAACGAAGAGACGACCCGCUAGUAAUACUAGCGGUGCAUAUGCAGACAUUGUGCCAUGUUCGAGGUUCACCGAAUAUACACCACGACUCCAGGUGGGCUUGGGACGGAAUGGUGUGCACGGAGGAGAUGGAGGGCUUUAUCAAUGGACAGGAGAUGAGAGAGUGGUUUGAUUGUCAGCCUACGGGGGUAAAGGAGGAGUGUGAAGUGCUUGUUCAGGAAAUGGGGCUUGUUACGAGGAAUGUGAGGAUGCGGAACACGCUCGAGAAAGCGGGGCUUUUGACUCCUUGAAUCCACUGGCUGUACUCGUAGAUUAUUCAUUGAGGAAGAGUCCAACAAGAUUAGGGAUAUAGGUUGCUGGCAGCUGUGUCUUGUAAAGUCAAAAAUGAACUUAUUCAACCGGUUCGCGCUCACUGGCAGGCGUGGCCAAUGGUUUGAUGGGGAGGUCGGCUGGAAUCGAGCCUAUCAUUUCCUCUUGAUGCUUCUUCUUCUUCUUUCACUCCCGCUUUUAAUUUCAAGCUCAAGUGCUUCGUACCUGAACUUAAAACAUG